AUGUUUUUGCUAACGCUGUCAAUUCUUGCCUUGCUUGGAUCUUCUACUUAUCGAAAAAUUGUUCAAGCGGACGAGACUGCAUCAGAGAACUUGAAGGAACUUCAAAUAAUUUUAGAAAAAUCUGAUCGAGGUACAUCGGAGUCUGGAAAUGUACUGAUUUAUAAAGAUAAUAAACUUUGGUCCAUAUGUGACGAUAACUGGAACAUCAACUCUGCACACGUGGCCUGUAGACUUCUUGGAUUUGUCGGAGCUUCUAAUGCACAUGCCAAUUCAUUUUUUGGAGCCACGCAUUACGAGAUCGGAUUGGACAACGUGGUGUGUACUGGUUUGGAAGAUCACCUAAUUUCUUGCCAGCACGCAAUUUUUGGCAAGCACAAUUGCAACAAACGAGAAGCAGCCGGUGUCACAUGCAGCAACAACAUUCCAACGUCCACCAAAAAACCAACACGACCUACUUAUAACAGAGAGAGUUUCACGGUACCCAACGACUUUUCGGGCAACAGCGUCUAUAAGGAGCCAUACGCCAUACGCCUUCAAAAUGGACGGAAUGAUAAGGAAGGUCGGGUGGAGGUGAAAGUUGAAGGAGGAGAGUGGGGAGUUGUGUGUGGAGAUGGCUGGUCCCUCUUGGAAGCCAUGGUAGUCUGCAGACAACUUGGACUCAAUUAUUCCCUCUCAGCUCUUAAAACUUCUUUCUUCGGUGGAGACAAUAUGGCGAAGAUCUUCAACCAGAUUCGCUGUGACGGGGAUGAGGCCAACCUUACUGAAUGUUACCAUGGCCAAAUGUUGGAGAGAGUUUCAUGUUCAAAAGCAAACAGGGUUGCCGGAGUUAUGUGCGUUGAAAGGUUACCAGACUUGGUACCAAAUGCCACGCUGAUUGAAAAGUCUGCCUACCUGCAUGACCAAUCCAUGUACCAUCUGCAGUGUGCUAUGGAGGAAAACUGCGCUGCGCCGUCAGCUUUCGAAAUAAAAAAUACCAAAAGCGAUUGGCACGUCCACAGGAGACGUCUGCUUCGAUUUUCCAGCAGUACAUGGAACUUUGGGACAGCUGAUUUUAAACCUAUCUUAAGGAAACAAGAUUGGGAAUGGCAUCUUUGUCACAUGCACUACCAUAGCAUGCAAGUGUUUGCAAGUUACGACGUGUUGGACGCCUACGGAAACAAAAAAGCCGAAGGUCACAAAGCUAGUUUUUGUUUGGAAGAUGUUGAAUGCGUCCCCAAUGUAACAAAGAAAUAUGCGUGCAAGGGCUAUGGCGAUCAAGGAAUCAGCAUCGGAUGUGCCGACAACUACUUGCACGACAUAGAUUGUCAGUGGGUGGACAUGACCGAUGUACCGCCUGGAUAUUAUAUUUUUAAGGUUCACAUCAAUCCGGAGUUCAAGAUAGCCGAGUUAGACUUUUCGAACAACGCGGUGACCUGCGUUUUAUAUUACUCUGGAUCCAGUGUCAACCUGAAUAGUUGUAAAUUAGGCAGGGGUUAA